AUGUCUCAACCGAUGUUCAGCACUUCGCAGUCCGACUUUCGCACGUCUCAAGCACAAUCGCAACAAAACGCCUCCUUCUCGUAUUCAGAAUCACAUCUAACACAAUUACCCGCGCCGAACUUCAACUUUGACGAUCUACGGCGGCGCAUGAAUGAGUUCACUACAAAAUUCGACGCGUAUAUUGAGCGCGGACGUCGACAAGUCCUCUCAGAACGCAAUUCAUUUCGAGCGCGUCUGUCAGAACUGAAUGCAUCACACAACCACAUCCUCGGACGAGAAGCCCACGAAAAAUCCGAGAUUCAAUCACAAAUCACCUCGCUCCAAUCUCACGCCGAUUCCCAACGCACUCACCGCGACCAGAUCAAAUCCGCUAUAGCGAGCACGCAGCGCGCCAUCGACACGAAAGUAGCGGCACAAAAGGCCUACGCUGAAAAGUUAGCCACCCAGUCUGCACUAAACGGUCCCGAGCUGCAGUUUUGGGAGACAUAUCUAGGAACCACGAUCAAUGGUGGUGGAGAGGAUGGACUGAUAAGAGUCACGUAUACUUUUGCGCCGGCUAGGGGCCAGCAGGAAGAGCAACAGGCUAUGUUCGAGUUGCAGGUGCCGGAUUGUGGGAGUGGAGGAUAUGAGGUCGUGUAUACGAAACCGAGGUUGGAGAGUGAGGCGAUCAAGAAGGUGGUGACCAGAUUGAAUGAGUGCAGGGAUAUUGCGAUGCUGCUGAAGAGGAUGAGAAUGCUCUUUCAGGAGACUAUGGGAGAGAGGAUGAUAUUGCGCUGA